UGUGCCUCCCUUUGUGCCUCUACACUCAAGAUGGCUCCCGUUUUAGAGAAGAAGCUUUUGGGCGCAGCUGGGACAGGCGACACUAUGGAAAACAGUAACGAGGAUGAUGAAGGACAAAACCUCUGGUCUUCAAUCCUCAGCGAAGUUUCCACACGCUCAAGCUCUAAACUACCCUCUGGGAAAAAUAUAGUGCUUUUCGGGGAGGAUGGUUCAGGAAAGACGACACUCAUGGCAAAACUUCAAGGAGCCGAGCACAGUAAGAAAGGUAGAGGGCUGGAAUACUUGUACUUGAACGUCCAGGAUGAAGACAGAGAGGAUUUAACUCGCUGCAGCGUUUGGAUCCUGGAUGGAGACCUGUACCACAAAGGCUUGCUGAAGUUUGCAGUGACCACUGAGUCGUUGAAGGACAGUCUAGUUGUGUUUGUGGUGGACAUGUCACGGCCUUGGACCAUCAUGGAGUCGUUGCAGAAGUGGGCGAGUGUGCUGCGUGAACACGUGGACAAACUGAAGAUCCCACCUGAGGAAAUGAGAGAGAUGGAGAAGAGGAUGGUUAAGGCCUUCCAGGAAUAUGUAGAACCAGAGGAAGCCACGCCAAGCUCGCCCCAGAGACGAGGGCCAGCAGCUGCGGGAGACGACGAGAGUGUGCUGCUGCCCCUGGGAGACAACAUCCUCACACACAACCUGGGCAUUCCAGUGCUCAUAGUUUGCACAAAGUGUGAUGCUGUCAGUGUACUGGAGAAGGAGCACGACUACAAGGAGGAGCAUUUUGACUUCAUUCAGUCUCACAUACGGCGGUUCUGUCUACAGUAUGGAGCUGGCUUGAUUUACACUUCGGUCAAAGAGGAGAAGAACAUAGACCUCCUCUACAAAUACAUGGUGCACAAAAUAUACGACUUCCAGUUUACAACGCCUGCCUUAGUGGUUGAGAAGGACACUGUGUUCAUUCCAUCUGGAUGGGACAAUGACAAGAAAAUUGCCAUCCUGCAUGAAAACUUCACAACAGUUCGACCUGAAGAUCCCUUUGAGGACUUUAUAACGAAACCUCCUGUACGAAAGUUGGUGCAUGACAAGGAAAUUAGUGCAGAGGAGGAGCAGGUCUUUCUCAUGAAACAGCAGUCAUUGUUAUCUAAGCAGCCGGCCACACCCACAAGAGGAACAGAGUCUCCUGUCCGGACUUCAUCUGGUUCACCCCGGCCAACAGGCCGAACAGGGCCUACAAAUGUGGCUAGUGUCUCACCCAUGACCGCAGUGAAGAAACCAGACCCCAACAUGAAAGGAGCAGCAGCAAAUGAGGGAGUGCUGGCCAACUUCUUCAACAGUCUGCUAAGUAAAAAGACCGGUGCGCCGGGCAGUCCUGGCUCACCAGGGACAGGAGCAGGAGCGGCUGUACAAGGGUCUGCCAAGAAAACAGGGCAGAAGCCGGGUUUGACUGACGUCCAGGCGGAACUGGACCGAUUGACUCGAAACCCCGACUCAAUGUUAACGGCCAACAACACCCCAGCGACAGAGAACGAGGCAUGAGCGCGUCAACAGCAUUGUCCACUCUGGAAAUCAACAUGUAAUGACAUAAAGGAGAAAAAAAAAAAACGCUAUUCAUGACCAAAAUUCCCCCCACCUUGUGUGUAAAUCAGCAAACAGACCGAACGUGUUGGGAUUCUAUCAGAUGUAUAGGCUCUGAUGUUGUGGGGGAAAAAGAGGUAGAUAUUUGAAAAGAUGCAACUGCUUUUCUUUGUUUUCAUUUCCAGACCCCUUUCUAUGUUUGUUUGUUUAUUUGUGGUGAUUAAUUUUUGGUGUGGCAUGGCAGGUCAGGUAAUGGGUGCUCUCUCCUUAAGGAGGCAGUCGAACCUCUGAAGUGUGGGGCCUCGCUUAGCUUGGGACACUUUUAACCGCACCCAUACCCCUCCUCCUGACGAGCAGAUGCGCACUGCUGCUUCCGAGCAGUCGCUUCCAGUAUUGAAAUCUGCUGCAACUACUGCUAAAAGCCUAAACAUAUUCAUCGAAAACAAGUACUUGCAAAAAGUAUAGAGUAGUGUGUACAAACAUAAUUGCAUUUAUGCUGAUGUAUUUAUAAAGAAGCAAGCGAAUCAAGCUGUUAUUUUCUCUCUGUGUUUUAUCAGUGAGACGUUAAGCUUCACUUAACACGGUUAACAUCACUGAUGUCAUGACACUAAUGACAAAUACCCAUUGGCCUUCAGCAUACAGGAAUGGCAGACAUUGCCACACCGCCUCUGAAUUAUGUAAAUAUGUGCUAAAUAUUUGCUACACAAGCUUUGAUUUGAUUUUUGUAUUAAAUUGAGUUAUUUUAACAAUUUAUGGAGGACUAUUUCAGAUGAAACGAGCAUUGAUGAGUAUCAGGCUGAGAUUUUUCUUUUGGCUAUGGUUGUUUUUGGAGGAGAGGGGCAGGGCAGCAUCUUUCCUAGUAUAACUCCCAAGUGCCUGUGUCUUAGUGGAGGUGCUUGUCUGCAAAAGAGGAAUUGCACUGUAGCAUCAACAGUCAAUGGUUAUUUUCUCUCUCUC